UCGUCGCAGACGUUUCUAGGUGUCUGUUCCAUUCUCUUUUAUCGCGUGUGCCUUUAAAAAUGUGAUAAUUUUCGAAAAUCGGUCCGGAAUCGACAGUUUCUGUUUUUUUUUUUCACAAAAGGCCCUGAACCUCAAAUUCAGAUUGUUGCAACAAUUUAGCUUUUACAACAAUCUACCGCUUUUAGAGAGCUCGAUGCGUGUCGGAUUGUCUCAUCGAAGAAAUAGCAUAUAGCCGGUCUGUUACGUCUGGUUCUUCCAGAUCUAUCCGAUUCCCGACUUGUGCUACUGACAUUUGCAAAAAAAAAGCGACGAACAAUCGAUAAAAAAUCAGGUGAUGAGAAGACUGGAUGAUGGUUGUCGAAGUUGGAUGAAAAAUUCGAUAGAUUUGCGGCGGAUACCAUAUUGAAAGCAAAUGGUGCUGCCGUACGAAAAUCUGUGAUUUGUGCAAAGUUUUUUUUUUUUUUUUGAAAAUUUGGAUCAAGAGGAGUGAAGAUUGCUGCCCAUUUUUCAACAAAUGUGGAGCGAUGUUCUUCAGAUGGAUUUUCUUGAUGUGUCUGCUCAUCGUUACCGAUGGUCAAUUCAGCAAUAGUGCCGACAACACUCCGCCGGUAGUAUGGUUCGACCGAAAUUUUCGGCUUUUGGACACAGACCCUGUUGGACAUUUUGUUACGAAAAUAACAGCCGAGGAUGGUGAAGAUGAUGAAUUAACUUUUGGUCUGGAAAAGAAAGAUGCCGAUUCACAAGAGGCUUUGCCUUUUUCCAUAGACAAGAGAACUGGAGUCGUAAUUGUAAAUGAUACGCUUCAAGGAAGAGGUGGACAGAAACUUCUCUUCUACGUGACCAUUUCUGAUGGAAAAGUAGAUCUCAAGUCUGAAGUUCUUGCUAUGAUAUCAAAGAAUGAAACGCUAUCUAAUACAGGACACACUAGAUUACCGACUGGUAGGAUAAGGCCGCCAAUUUUGAAAUUGCCAAAUCUAUCAGGUUACCCUCGACCUUCAAUAUCGCAACCUCCGACCUUGCAACCAUCCUCGAUAGAAAUUCCUCAAGCGUCGAAACCAAGGACGACGAAACUUCAGCCCCAGGGGACAAAACCGGAAGAUAAUGAAGAAAAAUCAAGCAGCAUAGUUCCUCCGGAAGAGCCGGAGACCAACGAGGUUGAAGGACAUACCCUGAGCACCAAAGUUGCACCGAGUGAAGCUCCACAAUCGCAAUUUAUCGCGAUGACCUUCAUACCCGUUGCGGCUGUCUGUAUUUUGCUGCUUGUAUUCGGCACGGGUGCGUGGUUCCUUCGAAACAGGUUCUGUGGAAGUCGAAAGUCCAAGGAGGACACGAAAGAACAAGCGACUGUCAGUGUUUCAAACAUAUCUGAUGAUCCAUCUCUAGUUCUGAAGAGAUGGGGAGGCCCAAAAGCUCGUAAUAAUCGUUACGAGCCUUGGGAAAAGGAAAGUCGGAUGGGCAUCCAAAACAAAUCUUACAAAGAUAAAUGGGAGUUCCCGAGACACAGGCUAAAGGUCUUCAACAUUCUUGGAGAAGGCUGCUUCGGGCAGGUGUGGAAGUAUGAGGCAACAGAGAUUGACGGUAUUCCGGGCCCUUCAAUCGUCGCUGUGAAAACUUUGAAAGAGAAUGUCACGGAGAGAGAGAGACUGGACUUUGCGCAGGAACUUAAAGUAAUGAAGAGUCUGGAGCCGCAUCCAAAUGUGGUGAGAUUGCUGGGUUGUUGCACCGAACGUGAGCCGAUGUUUAUCAUCCUGGAGUACAUUAGCGGCGGAAAACUCCAAAGUUUCUUGAGAGCCUCGAGGGAGGAGAGAAACCACGGAAAACCGGGUCUCACUUCCCGAGAUCUCACGGGUUUCGUUUACCAGGUGGCAAAAGGGAUGGAGUACUUGGCUUCCAAGGGCAUCAUUCACAGAGAUCUGGCUGCAAGAAAUAUUUUAAUAGACGAGAGUCGAGCCUGCAAAGUGGCCGAUUUCGGGUUCGCGAGAGACGUUGCUGCGAAUCAGAUUUAUGAAAGGAAGUCAGAGGGUCGUUUGCCAAUUAGAUGGAUGGCACCGGAAAGUCUUUAUGACAAUAUAUUUUCAGUAAAAUCGGAUAUUUGGAGUUUUGGCGUCCUCAUUUGGGAAAUUGUUACUCUUGGAUCGACCCCGUAUCCAGGAUUAGGAGCUGCAGAGGUGAUGAGGAGGAUCAAAGAAGGCUACAGACUCGACAGGCCCGAGCAUUGUAAGAGGGAACUCUACAAUAUUAUGUACUAUUGUUGGGACAAGGAUCCGGCAUGUAGGCCGUCGUUUGGUGAAUUAGUGAAUUUAACCGAAGGACUUCUUCUCGACGAAACCGAUUACAUCGAGCUCGAUAGGUUUCCGGAUCAUUCCUACUAUAAUGUUCUCAAUUUGAGUGGUGAAAAGCUGUGAAAAUUCUCGACUUAGUCAACUGUCGAUCAGUUGUGUUAUAAUACUCGUUUUCUGUAAAUAUAUUUUAAUCUAGAUUUUAAUUUAACUUAAAAUUUAAUAUAGGGGAGAACCACCCUACAAUGGAUAAUUGCAGUGAAUUUAUUUUUUAACUGGGAAUUUUACCAAUUUUUAGAAGAAAAAAAUCUGUCGAAUCAUUUAAAAUAUGAGAAAUUUCCUAUCACAUUUUAUCAUGCAAUUUAAAAGAAUGUUUCUAUCUUUUUUCUUUUUUUCUGAGAAAUUAUUUAUAAAUUGAGAUUCAGUUUACAAAAUGUGAUUCUAAAAACUUUAACUUUAAGGAUUUUUCUAUUUUA